GCUUUCAGUUGCUGCUCGUUGCUGCGUCCGAUUGGUUUUGUCUUUCAGCUUCGCUGUCCGUUUCGCUGCUCGCCAUUCGCCGUUCGUCGUUUUCGCCGUGUCGCGCUAUUCGCCGUGAGCUGCUCUCUCGCCAACGGUAAAACGCUGCCUCGAUAACCAAGCCGAAUCGAUAGCGCGCACAAAAAUGUAUUAAAUUUGAGAUCCUUUCUACUCUACUGUGCUGUGCUGUGUUGUGUUUUGAAUAUGGAUACGCAGGAUAAUCACCGCGGCUCGGUGUCCUCCAGUAAAUCAUUGGAUAUACCUGUUACGCCCUCACGCUCACCCAAAAAGGUGUCCUUCUCCGACGAGCUGCCCGGCAGCCAAGUGCAAUCCGAGCCCACUGGCGUUAGCCAAGUGCUCCAGCAGGCUUCGCAGUAUCUGGAACGUUUGCACGGCGCACGCGAUUUUCCAGUCGAGGAUGUUGAGCCACCGCCCGCUGUGCUGCAAUUGGAUACGCAAUCGGUGCAGCUGGAAGCGAAUACCUCUACCUCUGCCGCUGCCUCUACCGCUGCCGCUGCUGCCUCGCCAAGCAUUCUGAUUGGUGACGAUGGCAAUGAUUACGCCAAUGGCAAGCAGGAAGUGCCGUAUGAUCAGCCGCAAUCGAAUUUGUACAUGGAGCGAUACAAGCUUCAUUUAGAUAAAAACUGCAGCUCCAUGGAGCUGGAGGCGCGACGCGAGAAGCAGCGCUGGCUCUUGAUAUCGGAAUGCAGCGCCCGCUUCGGCGAGGGCAAGCACACGCGCGAAGCGUUUCGCAAACUCUUCCUCGAUGAGGAAUUUCAGCAGAAGCUCUUUCAGCUCUUCGAUCUGGAACGAAAUGGAUAUUUGCUACAAGAUCGCUGGAUCGAGCAUCUCAAGGGACGACUAACCGAUGAUCGUCAAAUGGACUUUGCGGAGCAAAUCGAGUCGGUGGCCUAUGUCAUCUGCGGCGAGAAGAGCCAAGUGAACUUCAAGAACUUUCGCGAUAUCUGGCAUACGAGAGGUAUAUUGGAUAAGCUGUACCGCCUGAUUGACAUCGAUGGCACCAAUCUCAUCUCAACGAACCAGGUCAUGGAGUUUAUAUCACAUCUAACAAACUCCAGACCCCGCACAGGCUUCGACAAGAGCUCCCUGGCGCGCUUGGAGCAGCUCUUUCGCAACACUGUGGGCAAUGAGCAGGAGAUACGACGCGAGGAGUUCCAAAAGAUUGUUACCUCCAAGAAUCCCUUCUUUACGGAGCGCGUGUUUCAAAUAUUCGACAAGGAUAACUCUGGGUCCAUAUCGCUGCAGGAGUUCAUAGAUGCCAUACAUCAGUUCUCAGGACAAUCGGCUGAUGAUAAGAUAAGGUUUCUCUUCAAGGUCUACGACAUAGAUGGUGAUGGCCUCAUACAGCACAAGGAGCUGCACGACGUGAUACGGCAUUGCAUCAAGGAGAACGGCAUGGAGUUCUCCGAGGACCAAAUCGAGGAUCUAACCAGCGCCAUGUUCGAGGACGCCGAUCCACAUAACAGCGGCGAGAUCACCUACGAGGCGCUCAAAAACCAACUGCACAAGCACGGCGGCCUGCUCGAGAAUCUCAGCAUUACCAUUGAUCGCUGGCUGGUGCCCAUUGCGGAGGAGCCGCCGUCUAGCAGCAAGAGGUCGAGGCUCUGGCACACGAUACCUCACCAGCUGACGCUGGCCUACAUGAAGAACAACCAGGUGUUUGUCAGCUACCUCUUCUUCUACAUCGCCGUCAAUCUCUGCCUGUUCAUCUCCCGUGCCAUACAGUAUCGCGCCAGCAAUGGCUUCGUGAUCAUAGCCAGAGCUUGUGGUCAAUGCCUCAACUUCAACUGCGCCUGGGUCUUGGUGCUGAUGCUGCGGCACUCGCUGACCUACCUCCGUUCGCGUGGCCUGUCCUCCUUCCUGCCCCUGGACCACCAUGUCUAUCUGCACAAGCUGACGGGCAUUACGAUCGCGGUGCUGAGUCUGGUGCACACGAUAAUGCAUCUGUUCAACUUCUCCAUCAUUGUGAUCAACGAUCCGCAGAUAAACGCCGGGCAUUACACGAUAGGCGAAUGGCUGUUGACCGAUCGUCCCGGCCUGUUUGGCCUCAUUCCGGGCUGUGCCAAUCCCACCGGAGUUGCCCUGCUGGUGAUACUGAUUGUCAUGUUCGUCUGCUCGCAGCCGUUCGUGCGGCGCAAGGGAAGCUUUGAGGUGUUCUACUGGACGCAUCUGCUCUACGUGCCCUUCUGGAUACUCACGCUCUUUCACGGGCCCAACUUCUGGAAGUGGUUCAUGCUGCCCGGCCUGGUCUACAUCGUGGAGCGCGUGCUGCGCUUCGUGUGGAUGCGCGGAGAGCACGGCAAGACCUACAUCAGCUCCGGCCUGCUGCUCCCCUCGAAGGUGAUUCACUUGGUCAUCAAGCGGCCCUUCAACUUCAACUUCCGGCCCGGCGACUACGUCUUCGUCAACAUACCCGCCAUUGCGAACUAUGAGUGGCAUCCGUUCACGAUCAGCUCGGCCCCGGAGCAGGAGGACUACAUGUGGCUCCACAUACGCACCGUGGGCGAGUGGACGAAUCGCCUCUACCGCUACUUCGAGAGGGAGCAGCAGAAGCUGCACAAAGGCGAAGUGAAUACGCACAUGCAUGCGAUUCCCACGCCCAGCUUCAUGAUGCUCAACGAGGCGCGCAAUCCGGCGCUCGCCGAGAUGUCUCGGCAGUCCAGCACGACGACGCCGCAGACGGACUUCCUGGCACGCAACAUGGCCAGCAGGGGCGGCACUCCGGAUGAGCAGCUGCCGCCGGCGCGUCCACCCAGGCAGCACCGCAAGGCAGCCGCCGCCGCUCCGCUCGAGGCUCCAUCCACCACAACAGGCGUGAAUCGCAUACGAAGCAUCAAGAAAACGCUGCAGCGCACCUUCUCCCGCAAGGAGUCGGAGCCGAAGAACUCGGGCAUAGCCAAUGGCGCCUUCACGGCUGAGACGGAGCGCGAGCAAUCCAGGCGCAAGCAGCGGCCCCUAGAGAAGAGCAUCUCGCUGCCGGACAUUAGCAUGAAGAGCAAGAAGCGCAGUCGGCUUAAGGCACUGCGCGCCCUGGGUCGCUCCGAGUCGGAGCGCGCCUUUGAUGACCAGCGCCUGAGAAGUGCUCGGAACAAUAGCGUAGGGCUGGCCUAUUUGAGUCCGCAGAACAAGUCGCUGGCGCAGAGCUUCCGCUACAUGCGCAACAAGCCCACCAUCAUUGCCUUCAAGACGCCCAGCCUGGAGCUGAGCGAGGCGCAGCAGGCAGCCGGAGCUGCCGAGAGCAAUGGCAGCAUGGAGGCCAACUCCGUGGAGCUGGGCCACGCAGCCCGGGCGGACAGUAGCACGGAGCAGCUGAUGCGGCUCAGCCUGGGCGCAGAGCAGAAGCCGCUGGAGGAUAACACAAACACGGGCAAUCGAAAGUCACGCCUGCGUCGUCCCACAUUUCUGCGCACGCUGUCCACCUCCAUAACUAAUCGGGGCGGAGGCGGAGGAGGAGGAGGAGGAGGUGGCGGCGGCGGCAGCACUACAACUAACAGCGGUAGCAAGGUCACACUCGAUGCAGGCGUCAUGGAGAUCUUCAUAGAUGGCCCUUACGGCGCCCCUUCGAGCCACAUCUUUGGCGCCCAGCAUGCGGUGCUCAUCGGCACUGGCAUCGGGGUCACGCCCUUCGCCUCCAUCCUGCAGUCCAUCAUGCACCGCUACUGGAAGGCGCGGCACAGCUGCCCGAGAUGCCACUUCGAGUGGGCCAGCGAGAUACCCAAGUCUGUGAUGAAUCUGCGCAAGGUGGACUUCUUCUGGAUCAAUCGGGACCAGCGCUCGUUCGAGUGGUUCGUCAAUCUGCUCUCGCAGCUGGAGAUAGAGCAGGCGGAGCUGGGCGGCGCCAUGGAGCGCUUUUUGGACAUGCACAUGUACAUAACCAGCGCACUGCAGCGCACAGAUAUGAAGGCGGUUGGACUGCAGCUGGCGCUCGAUCUGCUGCACGAGAAGGGCAAACGGGACCUGAUUACGGGCCUCAAAACCCGCACCAAUGCAGGCAGACCCAAUUGGGACAAGGUCUUCAAGCAGCUCCAGGCACAGCAGAAGGGCAAGGUCACCGUCUUCUAUUGCGGUCCGCCACAGCUGGCCAAGACGCUGCGCGUCAAGUGUGAUCAAUACGGAUUCGCCUUUCGUAAGGAGUGCUUUUGAGUUCGCCAACAAUCCUCAUCCCCAUUCCCAAGUCCAUUUCCUAUACCAAGCGAAGUCCCUAUGCCUAUUCCUAUUGCCUUGUCCUUAUCCAACUCCACUUUCCACUUUCAUCUUCAUCUUUAAUUUCCUCUCCCUCCUCACCUCCCAACCUUUCUCAAUACUCAACUCAUGUUCAUCUCAAUUAGGUUUUGGGUUUGUUUACUAUUUUUUCUAUUUAUUCGUCCAUGUGUUUUGUUGCCUCAUUCGCUAUGCGUGUGUCCCAGCCUGUAAAUAUAUCUCUUUAUAUACAUACAUAUAUCUGUAUACGUAAUUGCAUUAUAAUAAAAA